AUGAGCCAAAAUGAAAUUAAAUCUGACGGUUCUGGUUCGGAGACCGCAGUGGUUAUUGAUGACAAGUUACUUGACACCGAAGCAAUCAUUCCUGUUUUGGCGGACGCAGAUACAUUGUCGGAUGGAUCGAUACCUAUACCCGAUGGCGGCCUUUGGGCUUGGUUGGCUAUUCUUGGAGGCUGGUCCAUGAACUUUUGCACAGUUGGAUAUUCAACGUCUUUCGGUGUAUGCCAAGAUUAUUAUGUCCUUGCUGGAGCGUCAACCAAUUCAAACAUUAGUUGGAUUGGUUCGCUGCAGCUCUUCCUUACUUUUAUUGUUGGUUUACCCGCUGGCCGAUUGUUCGAUCUAGGGUAUUUUCGCCCGGUGGUUACCCUCGGCUCGUUUCUCUUCGUAUUUUCUCUCUUCAUGCUCUCAUUGGCCGAUCCGAGCAGCUACUACCAGCUCCUUCUCUCGCAAGGCAUCGGAAUGGGACUUGCUGGCGGCCUAUUGCUCACCCCCUCCCUCGCCAUUCAAUCUCAUUACUGGAAGAAGAGGCGUGCCAUGGCUCUUGGAAUCGUACAGUCAGGAUCACCAUUCGGCGGCGUUGUCUAUCCUAUAAUGCUUAACCGGCUGUUCAACGGUUCAGCUGGAUUCGCGUGGGGCAUACGCGCAUCGGCAUUCUUGUCAUUGGGACUGCUCUUAAUUGCAAAUUGUAUUAUGAGAACACGUCUGCCCGGUGGAAAGAAUCGUCUCGAGGGCUCCAAACCUUCGGUAAAAUCAAUUAUGACACACAAACCAUACGUGCUUGCCGUUUUGGCCAUGAUCUGUCUUCAGCUCGGGAUUUUCUUCCCUUAUUUCUAUCUACAAUCUUGGUCAAGGUACUAUAACCUGUCUGAUACUCUCGCGUUUUACAUGAUUGCAAUUCUGAACACAGGCGCCGUUUUCGGGAGGAUGAUCCCUAACGCCAUCGCAGAUUAUGCGGGGCAGCUUAACACCUUCUGCCCAAUGAUUUGUGUCACUGCUAUUCUACUUUUUGCUAUGUUUGGUACCACCACUCCUGGGGCGAUCGUGAUCUUUGCCAUCCUGUACGGUUUCUUCAGUGGAGCAUGCCUUUCCUUGCUUCCUGCGGCAUUAUCUCUCAUGGCAAAGACGCCAGCAGAAGUUGGCAAUCGCAUUGGAUUUUGUUUCUUUAUCAUGAGUUUUGCAACUCUUACCGGGAACCCUAUUGACGGGGCAUUACUCGGUCCAAAUAAUCAGUGGUACAAAGCUCUGCUGUUUAACGGAAUUCUCAUGGUUGUAGGAUCAUCCCUCCUACUUACUUCUAGAUGGCUGUUGGCGAAAGAGAGGGGAACUCAGCUGUUGUAUCUGACACCUCCCUGA